GCGACGACGAUCGAAGCAAACUCGUGUGGACCGUGGAGCUCUCCGUGCGUGAUCCGUCAUAGAAAUCGCGUGUGUUGGCACUUUCCGGAGAAUACCAAAUUCCCCUCUAGAUUCCUAUUACCGUUUGUAGUGUGAAAAGUGUUUUAUUUGGUCGGAUCGACUUUAUUUUUAACCGUAAAGCGACGGUUUCAAUUCCAACCAACAAAACAAACCAACAUGUCGGAUACAGUGGCAAAUGGUACGGCUGUCCCGGUUGGCGAAGACGGAGGUCCCGUAGUCAAAACCGAAAAGCAGCUCAAGAAGGAAGCCGAAAAAGCUGCCAAGUUGGCCAAACUGCAGGAAAAGCUGAACAAGAAACAACAACAGGAACAGCAAGCGGCUACCAAACCGAAGGCCGAGAAAAAGGCCAAGGAAGUCAAGGAAGCUGCCGUUUACACUGGAGCGACCAAGGAAGGCGAGAAGAAGGAUCUGUCCGGACCGUUCCCCGAUGCCUACAGUCCGCAGUACGUGGAAGCUGCCUGGUACAGCUGGUGGGAGAAGGAAGGAUUCUUCAAGCCGGAGUAUGGGAAAAAGUUGGCACCGACGAGCGAUCCAACCACGGCGGGUGGUACUCAACCCUGCUGGUGGACUUCGGAAAUCGCCGAGCUUCGUGACAAAAGUCUAAAGGCCGGCAGACAUGCUCAACGGGCCAAAACAGAAGCCGAUAAAGAAACAAGAAAAGCCGUCUUCCGUGAGGCCAGAAGAGCCUACAAGCGAGCGAUCAGGAGCAGCAAGCAACUGCCGGAAAAGACGAUAUACGUGGGCCGCCCAGGAGACCUGCGCUGGAUGAUCUAUCAUUGUUGGUGGACUGCGGAAAUUGCCGAGCUUCGCGACGUUUGUUUCAGGGCCAGAAGAUAUGCUCAACGUGCGAAAAAUGAUGCCGAAAGAGAAUUAAGAAAAGCCGUUUUCCGGGAGAAAAGAAGAGCAUACACACAGGCCAGGAAGGCCAGCAAGCGCAAGCAUAACAACUCCAAGGGCCAGUUCGUGAUGGUCAUCCCGCCACCGAACGUGACCGGUUCGUUGCAUCUGGGCCAUGCGCUGACGAACGCCAUCGAGGACUGUAUCACCCGGUGGCACCGGAUGAAGGGACGCACCGCCCUGUGGGUCCCAGGGUGUGAUCAUGCCGGCAUUGCCACCCAGGUCGUGGUGGAGAAGAAGCUGUGGCGCGAGCAGAAACUCACCCGUCACGAUCUGGGGCGCGAGAAGUUCAUCGAGAAAAUUUGGCAAUGGAGAAACGAGAAGGGAGAUCGGAUCUACCAUCAGCUUAAGAAGCUGGGUUCGUCGUUCGAUUGGGAUCGGGCCUGUUUCACGAUGGAUCCCAAGCUGUGUAAGGCAGUUACGGAGGCAUUUGUGAGGAUGCACGAGCAGGGAUUGAUCUACAGGAGCAGCCGGUUGGUGAAUUGGUCGUGCACACUUCGAUCGGCCAUUUCCGAUAUCGAGGUGGACAAGGUUGAGAUCGGUGGCAAGACGUUGCUAUCGAUUCCGGGCUAUACGGAUAAGGUUGAGUUUGGAGUGUUGGUGUCCUUCGCUUACAAAGUGGAGGGUAGCGGCGAGGAAAUUGUUGUGGCAACAACCCGUGUGGAGACGAUGCUAGGAGAUACGGCCGUUGCGGUGCAUCCGAAAGACGAACGGUACAAGCAUUUGCACGGAAAGUUUGUGGAGCAUCCUUUCUGUGGACGGAAGCUACCGAUUGUUUGCGAUGAUUUUGUAGAAAUGGAUUUCGGUACCGGUGCGGUGAAGAUUACCCCUGCGCACGAUCCUAAUGAUUACGAAGUUGGUAAGCGCCACAAUUUGCCGUUCAUCACAAUUUUUUCGGACGAUGGUUUUAUCGUCGGAGAAUAUGGAAAGUUUACAGGAAUGAAAAGGUUCGAUGCUAGGAAGGCAAUUUUGGAGGCUCUGAAGGAGAAGGGAUUGUAUAAGGAAACCGUUGACAAUCCUAUGGUGGUGCCGGUGUGCUCACGUUCGAAGGAUAUUGUUGAGCCGUUGAUCAAGCCCCAAUGGUACGUGAAGUGCGAUGAUAUGGCUAAAAAUGCGACAGAAGCUGUACGUUCUGGAGAAUUGAAGAUCAUUCCAGAGGUGCACACCAAGACCUGGUACCACUGGAUGGACGGUAUAAGAGAUUGGUGUGUUUCUCGCCAGCUCUGGUGGGGUCAUCGUAUUCCGGCCUAUCAGGUGUCGUUCAAGGAUGCUAGCAAGAAACCAGCCGGUUUGGAAGAAGAUUUGUGGUUCGUUGGUCGUUCGGAAGAGGAAGCGCUCGAAAAAGCUUCCAAGGAAUUAGGUGUCGCGGCCAGUGCGCUAUCCCUGAAGCAAGAUGAAGACGUUUUAGACACUUGGUUCAGUUCGGGAUUGUUCCCCUUCUCAGUAUUUGGCUGGCCAGACAAUACUGACGAUCUUAAGCUGUACUAUCCCACAACCUUGCUGGAAACUGGACACGAUAUUUUGUUCUUCUGGGUUGCUCGAAUGGUGUUCUUUGGCCAAACGCUGUUGGGCAAACUCCCGUUCAAGGAGGUGUUUUUGCACCCGAUGGUUCGUGAUGCCCACGGACGGAAGAUGUCCAAAUCGUUGGGCAAUGUUAUCGAUCCGAUGGAUGUGAUUACUGGAAUAUCGCUUGAAGGACUACACCAGCAGCUAUACGAUUCCAAUUUGGACCCCAAAGAAAUCGAUCGGGCAAAGGCCGGACAGAAGCAGGAUUAUCCGAAUGGAAUUCCCGAGUGCGGCACGGAUGCUAUGCGAUUUGCGCUGUGUGCCUACAUGAGCCAGGCAAGAGAUAUCAAUUUGGAUAUUAUGCGUGUGCAGGGGUAUCGAUUCUUCUGUAACAAACUGUGGAACGCCACCAAGUUUGCACUGAUGUACUUUACCGGAGAUGAAAAGUAUGAAGUCGUUAAGAAGCUGACUGGAUCGGAAAGCAACAUGGAUUUAUGGAUUCUGUCACGUUUGGCCAACUGCAUUGAUGUGUCAAAUAAAGGCUUCGAAAAGUACGAAUUCGCUCAGGCCACCAACGCUUGUUACGAUUUUUGGUUGUCGAACCUCUGUGAUGUCUACCUGGAAUGUUUGAAACCGGUUUUCGCCAGUGGAUCGGAAGACGCCAAAGCAGCUGCUCGAAGAACGCUUUACACUUGUUUAAACCUCGGCUUAAAGCUUCUCUCACCAUUUAUGCCUUUCAUUACGGAGGAGUUAUACCAACGACUGCCGCGAGCAGAUCAAGAGCAAGUGCCUAGCAUUUGUGUAGCUCCUUACCCUGAGCUUGAAACCAGUAACUGGCAGAACGAAUCCAUCGAAAAGGAUUUAAUCUUGAUCCAGCAGGCUGCCAAAACUAUUCGAUCUGCCCGUAGCGAUUACAAUAUUCCUAAUAAAACUAAAACCGAAGCUUUCGUCGUGUGUGGAGAACCAGCUGUUCGGGCUACUUUGGAGCGGUUCGCAGCCGAUUUGUCUACCAUGUCCUUCUCGCAGAUCAGCAUUAUCGACGGUGAACCACCGGUCGGUUGCGCCAUUUUGACAGUGUCCGGGGCUUGCGUUGUGCACUUGAUGUUGAAAGGUUUGAUCGAAGCCGAUAAAGAGAUUGAAAAACUGGCCAAAAAGAAAGACACCUUGACUAGCACAAUCACGAAGCUGGAACAAGCGAUGGGUGUGGCAGAUUAUGGUAGCAAAGUUCCCGAGGAGGUUCAGAAGAACAACCAAGAGAAGCUGGACCAAUCGAAGGUCGAAAUCGAGCGCAUCAUCGCCGCAAUGGAAACCCUUAAAACGAUGUAAACUGGACAGGAUCAAACAACACGAAAAAAUUCACAUCAAAAGCAUUUUUUGGUCAUUUCUUAAGCAAUUUACUAAAGUUCGGUGCUAACAAAAGUUAAGUACGUGAGAGAGAAAUUCGUUUUAUUUUGCAAAGCUGAAAUUAGUUUAUUUAUUGCCACGCAUUUUAAUCGGUGUUUUGCGAAUACAGAAUCAUUGCAUAAGUAUAUAAUAUCAAGAGAAGUACUGUUACAACAUUUAAUAGAAGCACACUGUAAUCGCGAUAUGCUUAGAGGAUAAAGGAAAAGCUGAUAGCGUAAAGCGUC